AUGAAUUUAUAUGCUUCAUAUGAUGAUAAAGAUACUAUUAUUCAUCGACUUCAAACACAUAUAAGCAUUCUUGAGCAACAACAACAAAAUUCUAAUGGUUAUUUUUCUUAUGAUGAAACUUCAUUAUUAAAUGAACAAUAUUCCAUUGAUAAAAAUUCUAAAGAAGAUUUAGUUGCACUUGAAAAGCUUCUUCAAAAACGUGAAUAUGAAUUAGAACAACUACGUGAACAAUUAAAUGAAUUUCAACAAGAAGCAGAUGAAAAGCUUCAUCGAACAAUUGCACAAUUUAAUGAUGCAGAAAAACAAUUAUCUAUUGUUGAAUCUGAACGUAAUGAUCUUCGUCAGCAACUUCAACAUUUACAAGAUGAAAAUGAUCUUAUAAAAUCUUAUAUGAAUCGUUUACCAUCAGAAAUUGAAUAUCAAAAACUUCAACAAUCACAUCAAAUACUUGAAGAUCAAUUGAAACAAUCCAAUCAAACACUUGUUGAUUAUCGAAAAGAAAAAAAUCAUUUAAAAAAACAACUUCUUACUUAUCAACGUACCAUUAAUGAACAACAACAAACAAUACAAUCUCAUGAAUUAUCAACAGAUAAAUCUUUAUUAAAUGCUAAAUGUUUAACAAUCGAUGAAAGAAUUGAAACAGAAAGAAAAUUUAAAGAAUUUCAUCAAAUAAUUCAACAAUUAAAUGAAAAUUUAAAUGAAGAAAAAUUAAACAGAAAACAUGAUCAACAUCUUCAUGAAAAUAAUAUACGUACUGUUAAAUCAUUAUCAAAUGAUAUUGCAAAAAAAGAACAAACGAUUAAAGAAAUGAUAAAUCUUAUACGACAGAAUCGACAAGAAUUAGACGAUCUGCGAAUACAUUUACUUGUUAGUGAACAAGAACAAACACGUUUAAAUGAACGUUUAUUAACAAAUGAUCAAUUAUCUAUGGCUUUACAACGUGUUCAUGGGACUGUUGAAAAAUUAUUUCUUGUACUGGAUUUUUCAUCUGAAAUGCUCAAUAAUGAAUCAAUAUCAACUCCUGAUGUACUUAUGCUUCAAUUAUCUAAUCAUAAAACUAAAUCAGAUACAAUUGAUACCUCAAUAGAAAAUGUUAAAAAAGUUGAACUAUGUGAUGUAGAAAAAUUAGAAUCAAAAUUAGAUCAUAUUAUUGAUCGUCUUUUAUCAAUUCGUAGCGAAUUAAUAGCUCGUCAAUUUGAAAAUGAUCUUGAAUCAAAUAUUCCUUGUCGUUUACAGUGA